UAGUCGAUGGAAUUUUUAGUCCGGAAGUGCUUAACCGGAAGCGCGAAAGUUUAAAAACAUUUGACAACAAAUUAUUAAAUUUUAAAAUGUCGAAAAGGGGAAAGAGAACAUCUAAAAAGUCUGACAAAACUGCGGAAAAAGAAAAUAAUGUCAAUCUAUGUAACGCAAUUUCAAACUACGAAAAUCCCACAACAGACGAGUACAAAAUGCUUUUUGCUGAACACAGAUUGAAAUCUUUCACGAAAGACUGGCCAUUCGAUGCUGACAGCACCUGUAAUCCACAAUCGUUGGCUGAUGCAGGCUUCUACCACAUCCCCAGCAAUGAGGCCCCAGAUGCCUGUCGGUGCUUCUGUUGCUUCAAGGAACUGGACGGAUGGGAGCCCGAGGACAUCCCUAUGAAAGAGCAUAAAAAGCAUUCAUCAUCAUGUGCCUUUCUGUCAUUGACAAAACCAGUGUCCAAACUGACAGUGCAGGAGUACUUGAAAUUGGAGGCAGAAAGGCAGAAGAACAAACUUAGCAAGUACUACCAUAUGGCCAUGCAGGAGAUGCAGAAUCAUUCGGCCCUCAUCGAGACAGAGAUGAUGAAACUUCUUAAGUAAUCCGACAAUGGAGAAUGACAUUAAAAAUUUUGUGGUUGAGGGAUGAUAGGGAGAAUGUAUAGCGCGGGACAAAUUAAACUGUUAAAAUUGAAGUACAUACCACUAGAGCAGAUAAUGACUUUCAUGCCAGUAUUUACAAAGCUCCAAAUACAAAUCUUAUCUUAAAUUAUACUGAAAAGAGUGAAGUGUUUCGAAAAUAAUUCUAUGCAAAGGUCAAUGUUUUAUGUUUACAAAAGAAGUUUAUAGGCAAUAUUUUCAUGUUAGUAGCAAAAGUCAGUGUUUAAUGUUUACAAAAGAAGUUUAUAGGCCAUAUUUUCAUGUAAGGGUAAAAAUAACAGUAACCCAAAACUGAAGGAAUUUAAUGAAUUAAAAGAAUUUAGUUUAGUAUUAACUAUGAUCCUGUAUGCUCUAUUGUGAUGACUAUUUAUAGAAAUUGCGUAACAUCAUAUUAAUGCUUACAUGUAUGUCCUUUCUCUAAGGUGAGUUUCAUGUGUGUACUGAACACAGCUGAAAAGGGUCACUGCAUUAUGACCACAGCAGUAUGCUAGAACACAGGGAUAUAAUGCUGUUUUACCUUGGCCAUUAUGUGACCUUAUACAUCUAUUUAGCUCACCUGAAAACAAUGUGGGGUCAAAAGCUAGUUCACAAGGUUAAUAUAGAAAAAGCUGUUUAACUCUCUAGAUGACACUUUUUUGCCCAAUGACUCAUCAUGAAACUUCCUAGUUUUGUGGAGACCGUACCUGUUUUAGUUUUGAGCAAUGAAAGAAUCCUUUAUGCAAACAUUUUCAUCCUUGCUAGCAGAGUAAACUUUAAUAUCAAUAUUUCAUUAUUGAAAGCAAGUUUUAUUAUAUAUUUUAAUAAUAAAACAGUUAUUGUUUUGGGCAACUAUUGUUUAAGCCAGGCAUGCUUCCAGUUUUUACUUUUUAAUUUGUUGACAAUGAUAAAUAGUUAAUACAAUUUAUAAAUUCCAAAAAAACAAAACUUCCCUUAUAGAAAUAUGGCACAUGUAUUUGUGUAUUGAUAAGAUGUUUGAUGUUCUGAAGUUCAGAUUUAGUCCUUAUAAUUAAAAAAACCCACAUGUCAAAUCUGUUUCCAUUUGAUUUAUAGUAUUAUUGUCUGCACAAUGACAUUGAAUUAGCUCUAUAGCUUCAUGUCCUGCAAUUCCCGUGGUUUUGUUGGUAAAUUAAAUAUAUGUAUAUAAUUAUUCUAAUAACCAAUGUAUAUGUAUUCAAAACAAUGUUUCGCCAAUAAAUGUUUGUAUUUUG